AUGCAUCGGAGACCAGACUCUGAUGCUUCUGGACCUGGAUCUGAAUCUGGACCUGAACUCAGCGGUGUGUCCUUCAAGAGUGAUGAGCCAAAUUAUGGCUUCAUUCAUUUUAAAGGACAAUCUCCUGCAAAGAGAGUGGACCAGGAGAGCUCAGAGGAUCCCCGUGGUCAGUCUGCCCAGCAGCAUCAAACACACCUUGACUCCGUAUUUAUGCUGCUGGAGGAGAACAUUGUCACUUUUGUGAAGAACGAGCUGAUGAAGAUUCAAAAGGUUCUGAGUUCAGAUUACCCAGAAUGCUUAAAAAGUCAAAGUGAGGACAGUGAGGAGGAAGAGCAGAGGAGGAGCAAUAUAGAGGCAUUUCUUAAGAUCACACUAAACUUUCUGAGGAGAAUGAAGCAGGAGGAGCUGGCUGCCCAUCUGCAAAGAAUGUGUCAGUCCAAACUCAGGUCUAACCUGAAGAAGAAAUUCCAGUUGGUGUUUGAGGGAAUUUUUAAAGCAGGAAACCCAACCGUUCCGAAUCAGAUCUACACUGAGCUCUACAUCAUAGAGGGAGGGACUGCAGAGGUAAAUGAUGAACAUGAGGUCAGACAGAUUGAAACAGCGUCCUGGAGACCAGACAGACCAGAAACAACAAUCACACAUGAGGAGAUCUUUAAAGCCUCACCUGGAAGAGACAAACCAAGCAGAACAGUGAUGACAAAGGGAGUGGCUGGCAUUGGGAAAACAGUCUUAACACAGAAGUUCACUCUGGACUGGGCUGAAGACAAAGCCAACCAGGAUAUACACUUCACAUUUCCAUUCACUUUCAGAGAGCUCAAUGUGCUGAAAGAGAAAAAGUUCAGCUUGGUGGAACUUGUUCAUCACUUCUUUCCUGAAACCAAAGAAGCAGGAAUCUGUAACUUUGAAGAGUUCCCGGUUGUGUUCAUCUUUGACGGCCUGGAUAAGUGUCGGUUUCCUCUGGACUUCCACAACAACGAGAUCCUGACUGCUGUUACAGAGUCCACCUCAGUGGAUGUGCUCCUGACAAACCUCAUCAAGGGGAAACUGCUUCCCUCUGCUCGCAUCUGGAUAACCACACAACCUGCAGCAACCAAUCAGAUCCCUCCUGGUUGUGUCGACAUGGUGACAGAGGUCAGAGGGUUCACUGACCCACAGAAGAUGGAGUACUUCUGGAAGAGAUUCAGAGAUAAGACGCUUGCAAGCACCAUCAUCUCCCACAUCAAGACAUCACGAAGCCUCCACAUCAUGUGCCACAUGCCAGUCUUCUGCUGGAUCACUGCUACAGUUCUGGAGGAUGUGUUGAAAAGCAGAGGGGCAGGAGAGCUGCCCAAGACCCUGACUGAGAUAUACAUCCACUUCCUGGUAGUUCAGGCAAAACUGAAGAACAUCAAGUAUGAUGGAGGAGCUGAGACAGAUCCACACUGGAGUCCAGAGAGCAGGAAGAUGAUUGAGUCUCUGGGAAAACUGGCUUUUGAGCAGCUGCAGAAAGGCAACCUGAUCUUCUAUGAAUCAGACCUGACAGAGUGUGGUAUUGAUAUCAGAGCAGCCUCAGUGUGCUCAGGAGUGUUCACACAGAUCUUUAAAGAGGAGAGAGGGCUGUACCAGGACACAGUGUUCUGCUUUGUCCAUCUGAGCGUUCUGGAGUUUCUGGCUGCUCUUCAUGUC